AGAAGGAAAACAACAAAAGAGAGACAAGGGGAACCGUCAGAAGAGAUGACAAUGACCACGAUUCCGGAUGCUCUCAAUAGCCCUGCCUCAGGAAAAGCCGUUUUCAUGGAGUUUGGACCCCCGAGUCAACAAAUGUCGCCUUCAUCCAUGUCUCACGGACACUAUCCCAUGCACUGUUUACAUUCUGCUGGUCCCACGCAGCACGACAGCUACAGCCCAGCCUCGUCGUUCACCCGACCUUUGGGUUAUCCAUACGUCAACACCGUGGGCAGCCACUCUUCCAGUCCAUAUCUCAGUACAGUUCCGACUUAUCAGAACAGCUCUGGACUCACGCAGACGCGAUUAGAGGACGCGGCGCCAGAAGCCGAGAAAAACACGGUGGUCGAAGGUGGAGAGGUGCGGUUCAACGGAAAGGGCAAGAAGAUUAGGAAACCAAGGACUAUAUAUUCCAGUUUACAGCUUCAGGCUCUGAACAGGAGAUUCCAACAGACGCAGUAUCUGGCGCUGCCGGAGAGAGCUGAGCUGGCUGCCUCGCUGGGUCUGACUCAGACACAGGUAAAAAUCUGGUUCCAGAAUAAAAGGUCCAAGUUCAAGAAACUGAUGAAACAAGGCGGCAGUACAAUUGACACCAAUGUUUUGACCACCGGCCGCGGACUGUCUAGCGGCUCUCCCUCGGUGGCUCCAGUCUGGACCUCUCCGUCCACCGUGAAGACGUCGGUGGGCACGACGGGCUCGUACAUUCCCAGCUACACCUCGUGGUAUCCAACCACACACCAAGAGUCUAUGCAACAGUCCCAGCUCAUGUGAACAGGAGCCUUCAGUGCAGACAUUUCGGGGGAGGUGGUGAAGUGGUGAAAGGCCCCCUACUUGCAGCCGCUUAGCGCGGCUCAGCAACGACGAUGCGCUGAUGAUGCGCCGCCGCCGCCGCCGCAUCCCGCCACAUGACACCGAGGCCACCGAGGAGCAGAGAGCGGAGCAAACAGCGAACCAAGGGGCCACAAAAUGAGGGGCCGCGGAAUUUAGGGGGCAAAAAGAGCGGUUAUUUCGGGCGCCGGUUUCUUUCAUGUCUUUUUCUACCUGUUUCUUUGUGUGAACAAUUCUGUCAGUGAAGCUGUGUGUUUAUGUUUGUUUACCAAAAGGUGACGAUUACGCAACAACAAAAAAUCUCCAUAUAUGGCAGCAAAUGGCCUGUUGGGCCCCAUCAGUGUCUUUGAGCAAAUUACAAAUUCCAGCACACAGCAAAUCCAAACGCAGCGAAUGCGCUGCGCAAAAGCCUCAAAUCGCUUCUGUGUUUUUUUCUAUACGUUUGUUAUUUAAGUUAAGUUAUUCAGACUGGCUUUUGUGUUCCUUUUCGUGUUUGGAAUAACAACACUGCGUUGUUAAUGCUGCACUAAGGCGAGCUUUUAUAUGCCCCGACGUUAUGUGAAAAAUGUAAAAUGGCCAGACGAUUUUGCUGCUUCAGAAAAAAAGGAAAAUCUCAAAAGCCAGCAGCUCAUUUGUCACUGUAUUUUGUACAGAAUGUUUUGGGGGUAUUUGUGCUGUACUGGAUACGCUGUGAAACAGGGUUUAGGCUUCGUGUACUUGUCCAAAAUGUGUUUAGUCCUUAUAGAAAAAAUUUAGUUUUGUAUUGAUCCCUCUAAUUUAUUUAUGUGUUUCUUGAGUUUAUGUACAUAAAGUGCAAAGUUUCCAAAAAGAGUAAAAUAUGGUUUAAAUUAUGUCAAA